AUGAAUGAGACAGAACUCUACCCAGACUACGAUGACCUCUGUUUUGUUGGAAGUAGUGAUCGAAGAUUCUACAUGGCCCUUGCUGGCACUAUCCUCUCGUUCAUUUCCCUCUUUUGCAACUUGCUCAUCGCCAAGGUACUGUACAGCUCGAAACAUGCGCAUUUCUUCUUCUUAGCGUUGCUAGCCGUCAGUGACUGUUUCCUGUCGUUCAUGUACGGUCCAGUAAUCGCUAUGGAUAUCAUCAAGGAUAAAGUGCAGAUACUUUGGCUGACUCAACUCUACUGGUGGUACGUUGGACCUCUGCUGGCGCUCUGUCAGGUCUCGAUGACGUUUUCGUGCUACCUGAUUAUCCUGGCCACUAUCGAACGUUACCUCAUCACUCAACGAUCGGAUUGCCUCAAACGAUUUCGACGAAGUCGUGGCCUUAUGGCACUCUUCAUGUUCUUACUAUCUCUUCUGCUCAGAGGCACACUUGUCUUUGAAAUUCAGGUGAAAUGA